GUGUCUUGUCACAGCUCGGCGCUUCAACCUUCCCUCGCGUCGUCUGUUCCCAACGCUCCAUCGUCGACUGGCUCGUACUCACCACCACUCCUUGCUGCCCCAUCGCUCAUCCAUCGUUGGAUUAAACACAAGGGCCAACGCCCACUCGCUCAACAUGGACGUCAUUGAAAACCUCGCCAACAAGGCGUCUCAGAUCACUAUGUACGACCUCAAGUCGUACUACAACCAGGCCAAGAACGCCGUCCUCAACAUUCCAGAGAUGGAGGCUAAGGUCCGCGAGGCAACGAACGAGGACCCUUGGGGUGCGUCGUCGACUCUGAUGCAGGAGAUUGCGCAGGGAACACACAACUACCAGCACUUCAACGAGAUCAUGCCGACCAUUUACUCGCGUUUCAUGGAGAAGGAGGCGCGGGAAUGGCGCCAGAUUUACAAGGCUCUCACCCUCCUCGAGUAUUUGAUCAAGCACGGUAGCGAGCGCGUUGUUGAUAAUGCGCGUGCGCACAAUUCCACGAUCAAGAUGCUCAGAAACUUCCACUACAUUGACGAGAAGGGCAAGGACCAGGGUAUCAAUGUCCGCAACCGCGCCAACGAGAUUGUCGCGCUUCUUGGCGACGUCGAAAAGAUUCGCUCGGAACGCCGCAAGGCUCGUUCCAACCGCAACAAGUACCAGGGCCAUGAGGGGGGCAUGUUCAACACGGCUACUGGAAGCCGUUACGGCGGGUUCGGGAGCGAGUCCUACGUCCCCGGCGGUGGCAGCGGUGGCGGUGGUGGUGGGGGGGGCUACAACGGUGGUUCGGGUUCGGGCUCAGGCUCGGGUUCGCGUUACGGCGGCUAUGGCAACGACGACGAGUACCGCGGGUCAAGCGCGCGUGCGAGCUCCUCCCAGCAGCGCCCAGAGUAUGACGAGUACGAGGGGGCGGACGACUUUGACUCGCGUAGACCCAGCCCUGGAAGCGGGCGCGCUAGUGCGCAGGCUUCUCGACCACCCCAGGCUCCGCCCAAGCCACCCAAGGACGAGCCCAAGAAGCAGCAAAAGCAGCCCGAGGUCAACCUCUUCGACUUUGAUGAUGAGCCAGCUGUUCCUGCGUCCAAGCCCGCGGCGCCUGCUGCUCCUGUGGACGCAUUCGGCGACGACGACUUUGACGACUUCCAGAGCGCUGCUCCCUCGGCUCCCGCCCCAACAUCCCCUGCAGCGACUGCACCUGCCGCUCCGUCGGGCGCCAACGCUAAUCUCUUUGCACUCCUAAACGCGUCGUCGCAGCCUAUGUCGCCGGUGUCAGCUGCCUCGACGUCUCCAGCUGCCCAGUCUCAACCCUCUUUCGGCGGCUUGGGCUCGGGCAUGACCUCUCCCCCGCACCAGACGCAGUCGUCAUUUGGCGGCAUGUCCGGCGUGGCUUCCCCGCAGAGGCCACAGCCCAUGGGCGGCAUGGGUAUGGGUGGGAUGGGCAGUAUGGGUGGCGGCAUGAACAGCAUGUCUGGCGGCAUGGCCAGCAAACCUGCUUCGACGCCUGCCCAGGCGCAGAAGAAGAGUGGCGCGUCGGCCUUUGAUGACCUAUUUACGGCCUCGCUCGGUGCACCUAGCAAGCCCCAGCAGGAUGGUGGCCAAAAGACAAUUGCCCAGAUGCAGAAGGAGACAACAAACGCCGGACUGUGGGGCGCGCCCAAAUCAGCUGGCCAGCAGACCCAGUCUAAGCCGGCCCCAUCGUCGGGCUCGGGCGACCUCCUUGACCUUCUGUAAUUCAACGCUUGUAGUAUACAAGAUAGAGAUGACAUCCACGCGACCAGACCAAGCAUUGACUGGGCUGCGUUGAUGACAGUCAUGAACGCUCCGCUGGGUUCUUUAUUCAUGC